GUCUCCGUCUAUAAAAAACAUCGACCACCUUGUUUUCCCAGAAAGACUUUCUUUCUGCGUAUUUGCUCACAUCUUCUCUCAUUUGUUUCGCUUCCCAAAAUCUCUUUGUAACAGUCGUAUAGCUUGGGUUCUACGCAUACCAACGUAGUUCAUUGUUACGUGACUCGUACGGCCUGUUAUAGCUGCUUCGGUUGUUACAAGAGAUAGAUAGAUUAGUUAAAAAAAUAAGUCAUGGGUUUUCUUGACAAGCUUUGGGAUGAAACACUCGCCGGCCCCGCACCGGAGUCCGGCCUCGGCAAGCUCCGCAAGUACGACUCCCUCUCCGCCCCGCGCACUGCCACUAUGGUCGCUGCAGAUGAGGCGCCAGUUGUCACUCGGAGCAUUACUAUUCUUAGGACUCAUUCUUCCAACCUUGGAAACUUUCCGGCUGAUUCUGGCUCGCCCUCCGAGUCUCCCACCACGCCGGGAACGCCGAUCUCACCGGGAACACCAACAAAAAAUUUCAGGAAACUAACAAGGAGAAAAUCAUCCACUGACGCAUUGCGACGCGCCGAGCCUAGAAGUCCGACUGGUUACGAUUGGAUGGUGAUUACUGCAUUGGAUCGUUGAGAGAGAUCGAGGAAGGAAUGAUGACGACGAUGACGAUGUUUUGCUUCUAAGUAUUGCGCCGGCAAGUACUCCAGACUAUUGUACAUAGAGAACCUUUCUGGGAACUGAUGCAUAUGUAUAUUAUUAUAAAUAAUAUAUAGAGAGAUCGAUCUAGGUUUGUGUAUACUAUAUCUAUAACAAUAAGGUGGUUCGGACGAGGAACAGUCCAGGAACCCAUGCACGAUGCUAGCUUCUUGGAGAUGAAGAGGGAGGAAGUAGGAGAUGGUAGCCUUCUUUUUCACUUCUAUCUAUUGUCUUCCAAGUUUUCUUUUGUAUUUUGGUGGUGGUGAUCUCUUGUACAUAUGGAUUAUUUUGUGUGUUGAAAAUGCUCCCCUUCAAUAAAACUCGUUGAGCUUUUAUAACA